GACGAGUGAUUUCACUUCAGGAGAUGAGUUAUGUUACUUCAGGAGAGGAGUGAUUUCAUUUCAGGAGACGAGUGAUUUUAUAUCAGGAUACAACUUUGCCACUUGAGUGAUCAAAUUAAUGUUCCUGGUUAAAUAAAAAUGAACCUCAUAUCGACAGCAUUUGCAGCAGGCAGUGAUUUUGACCCUUUUCAGUGCUGCACAUAUGUGCAUUUACUGUGUGUGAGUGUGUGUUUGUCAUCAUUAAGAUGCUUUAUAUUGUGGAACUGUUGUUGAUGUGUUUGCAUCUUCAGGAGGAUCAGGAGAACGUUCAGAUUUUUCCGGCAGGUGAUGGUCAACAGGCCAAUCAGAAGAGAAACCUCACUCAAUACAUGACUAAAUAUGAGUGUGCACGAGUGCUGGUAACACGAGCGCUGCAGAUUGUGAUGUGUGUGCCACUGAUGGUGGAGCUGGAAGGAGAGACGGAUCCGCUGAAGAGUGCCAUGAAAGAGCUUGUAUCAGGCGUUUACAAGCUGCGAAAGAUUCCCAUCAUCAUCCACAGAUAUCUUCCAGAUGGCAGUUAUGAGGACUGGGGCUGUGACAAGCUCAUCAUUACUGACUGA